AACAUAACAACAACUAUCAUAUUAAAAAUGAAGACAUCCCACACUGCUUUCCUUAUCUCCAUCCUUCUCUUAGCUUCAUUUUCAUCCCUCACUCACGGACUCUUACUUAACGGUCUCCAGAUCGGUGCUGUCAGAGUUAACGGCGUCCUGUUCUGUUCCCUUGACGGCAACCUCAGGGGAAACAGUCCUCCGUUAUCCGGAGCCAUUGUCCAGCUAUCGUGCGCCGGCUCUCAAACCAAUCUUAGCCAAGCUUUGACUAAUCCCGCCGGAGCCUUCGUCGUCUUGGUGAGGAUUCUUGACACUAUCCUCUUUGACCCUUCCUCAUGCUUCGUCAGGGUUAAUCUCCCUGUUGCCACGUGUUCAGUUUUCCCGCCGGACGGUGCCCUCACCGCCUCUAUAAACCUAGUCAAUAUCGUUCAGACCGCUAUUCUCGACAUCGCCAACUUCACCACCGGUCCUUUCGUCAGCUCUGUCCUUUGAAUGAAAUGUAAGAAAAGAGUACACAAAAGUCGGACGUGCAUGUAAGUUUGCUUUUUGUUAUUUGUGCUUUAGUUAUGGUAUGUUUAUGCUGGCAACAAAAAAAUGUAAAAGCUCUAGCCUUAUAGUUGUUUUGUAAUUGUGUUCUGUUACGACCAACUUAAUGAA